AUGUCACCAAUCGCCUUGAUUUACUGCUUUUUUCUGUUGCUUCACCACACGUUUUCCAGGCGACCACGGAAUCCCUACGCCGCACUUACUAACGCAUUUGGACGUGCCUACUCGGAUGCAAGCUUCCGCCUGCGUGCGACCAGGAAAAUGCCGCUUUUUAUGAACCAUGAGCAGGAUCGCCUGCUGCACCAGAUUGAAGAAGAGGGCCCCGGCUACUCAGCGGAUCCCACGCCGAUAAGUACGCCCGUCAGAGAGACGAAGAAGGUCAUGCGCUUCACCUGCGAGAUCGACCACGCCAAUGUGCUGCCGAUGCCCAGUGGAGACCAUUCAUCAGUUUCCGGAAACGCACCGCUGCUUAGUGUUAGCUCGCUGGUCCCGCCGAAAAGCCCGAGCGGCACUUCCCUAAAGCCGGUCUCUUCGGUCGGCUCCAUUAGCCGCAAUAAUAGCACCAGGGAACUUUUCUCCUGGGAGCAAGGCAAGACGAACAACUUGGCCCUCUACGAUGAACCGCAAGGACAAUACGUCUCCAACUACUUGGGCGCCUUCACCACACCCGGCCCGGCGGAGCGUGACCAGCAGAAGCGGGCAAAGGCCGACCUCGGAGUCAUGCUGGGCGUCUACUUGCCGACUAUCCAGCAUAUUCUGGGCGUUACGAUGUUCAUCCGUCUUUUCUGGGCGGUCGGCAUAGCUGGGCUCGGACAGACGUUCCUGAUGCUUUUCCUUUGCUGCUUCUGUACAUUCCUCACCUGCAUCUCUAUCUCGGCCGUCGCCACUAACGGAGUCAUGGAAUCUGGCGGUGCUUACUAUUUGAUUUCCAGGAAUCUCGGGCCGGAAUUCGGGUCUGCCGUCGGGAUUCUGUUCUACCUGGCCAACACUGUCGCCACCAGCAUGUACUUGGUAGGAGGGAUCGAAAUCUUGCUGCUCUACAUCUUCCCGAGUCUGACGAUCGGCGGCCCGGACGUGCACCACGAUACGGGCACAUGGGGGAUGAUGACGCACAACCUGCGGCUUUACUCCACUAUUCUACUUCUCAUCGAAUUCGCCAUCGUCGCAAUGGGUGUCAAGUUCGUUCAGCUGCUAGCGCCGGUGUCUCUCAUCUGUGUAAUCUGCUCAAUCUUGGCCUGUUAUGCCGGCGGUGUUGAAAAAACUCUAAAUCCUUCUGCUGGGCACUAUGUUUGCAUGCUGAACGAUCGACUGCUACAGUCAGAUGUUGUACUCCCGCCCGGCGCCGCUUUUGAGGAUAUGUGCCUCUACUGCAACAAAAGCAACGAAUUCCUGACCACAACCUUCUGCAACUCUUCCACCUCUUCAUGCGAUGCAAUGAUUGGCGGUAACCUGCGGUGCAUCAAUGGCUUCCCCGGACUGUACAGCGGGGCUUUCAUGGAGAACUUUGGGCCAAACUAUGUCGACGCUUUCUACACAUCCGUCAACACACAAGCGGACAAGAAGACUGACGUUUUCCAGGAUGUUCGUACCACCUUCUUCGUCCUGCUCGCCAUCUGGUUCCCAGCUGUCACUGGCAUCUUUACGGGCGCAAAUAUGAGCGGGGAUUUGAAAAACCCCCAAACGUCGAUUCCGGGAGGUACUAUCGCGGCCCAGCUGACAACUUCCUUUGUCUACUUCUCACUGGCCUUCGUCUUCGGAGCGACGAUUGAUGGAAACGUGCUGCGUGACAAGAACGGUAAAUCUGUUGGUAGCAACCUGGUGGUAGCCCUCUUGGCUUGGCCUUCUCCAUGGGUGCUGCUCGUCGGCUCCUUCCUCUCCACUUUCGGAGCUGCUCUACAGUGUCUCUGCUCGGCCCCGCGUAUCCUGCAAGCCAUCGCCAAGGAUGAUGUGAUCCCUAUUCUGGCGCCCUUCAAAGUCGUCACCUCGAAGAACGAGCCGUUUAACGGUCUUAUCCUGACCACCGUCAUUGCCGAAUGCGCCAUCCUUCUCGGUGGUAUGGACAACAUUGCCGCCGUCGUCGAUUUCUUCUUCUUAAUGUGCUACGGCUUCGUCAACAUCAUUUGCACCCUGCACUCUGUCCUUGGAGCUCCUAACUGGCGCCCACGUUUUAAGUACUAUCAUUGGACUCUUUCCUUCAUUGGUGCCUUCCUCUGCUUCUUCAUCAUGUUCUCAACCCAUUGGGAUUACGCCCUGAUCGCGUGUGCUCUCUGUCUGCUCAUCUACAAAUACGUCGAAUGGAAGGGUGCCAAGAAGGAAUGGGGUGACGGCAUCCGCGGUUUGGCGCUUUCGACGGCCCAGUAUUCGUUGAUGAAGAUCGAGGACAAGGAUCCGCAUCCAAAGAAUUGGCGUCCGCAGCUCUUGCUGAUCAUGUCAAUGCCAUGGAGCAAGGACAACAUCGACAUUCGUUACAUGAACCUGCUGAACCUUGCGUCACAACUGAAGGCCGGCCGUGGUUUGAGCAUCGUUUCGUCCUUUAUUCGCGGAAAUCCGUUUUCGGUUGAUGACAGAAAACGGGCAAAUGAGAUCCGUGCCCGUAUGGAGGCUGACAUGGACAACCUGCGAUUGCGCGGUUUUAGCAAGGCGAUCAUUUAUGGGGAAGAUCAGAUCAUCGGCUCCAUGUCCACCUUGGUGCAGUCAAUUGGACUCGGCGGCCUAAAGCCCAACACAAUGCUCAUUUCUUGGCCCACGCAUGAUCGCGGAGAGCACGAACUAGCCGACAGCGAAUACCAGACCUUUACCGACAAGCUCCACGCCGCGGUGGCCAUGGAAAUGGCUCUGCUGGUCGCCAAGGGUAUCAUCAACUUCCCGAACACGCAGACCGCUGUCAAGCUUCACGGGUACAUCGACGUUUACUGGAUUGUGCAAGACGGAGGGCUUUGUCUCCUGGUGGCUUAUCUUCUGAAGCUGAACAAGAUCUGGCGUGGCUGCAAACUUCGCAUCAUCGCCAUCGCCCAAGAAUCCGACAACAACACGCGCAUGCAACAAGACUUGCAGAAAUACGUUUACCAACUUCGGAUCGACGCGAAGAUACUUAUCGUCGAGUUGGCCGAUCCGCAAAUCUCGAAGAAUGCCUUUGAACGGACGCUGUUGAUGGAGGAGCGUACGAAAUUCAUCCACAAGAUGCAGCAACAGCGCUCGAUUCAGCGGGGCGAGGGGCAGUAUUUGUCGCCAUUGGUGGUCGCCGAGCAGCAGCAAGCACGCGAGAAGGCAAACAGCAAGGGGACGAUCAGCAGCAGCGAGGCCGACGCCGAGACUGAAGAUAGCGGGGAGGAGGAGAAGAAGCUAGAGGAGAAUGAUGCCGUUCCGGAACUAAACGACCACGAUAAGAAGCAGGACGUGAAGAAGAAGAUGCGCGCGCUGGACAGGAACAAGGUUCACAAAAUGCACACGGCCAUCCGCCUCAACGAGCUGAUCACGGAACAUUCGAAGGAGGAUUCUCAGCUGGUACUGCUCAACCUGCCGAAGCCGCCGAUUGGACGUGAAGGGCUCGAUGACUACAUACACUACUUGGAGGUGCUUUCCGAUAACCUGACGCGUGUCAUUUUCGUCCGAGGCACCGGCAAGGAAGUCCUUACAACCGGUUCU